AGAGCAAAAGAGAAGCAUGGCCAGUAACGUUCGUGUAUGUGGUGUCUGUGAUCAUCGUCACGUUACCAAACCAUCAGUAGUCUGGUGUUCCGAAUGUGAUGAAGGACUUUGUGAAGAUUGUAAGGAACAUCACAGCUUUUCUAAGAUUUCACGAAAUCAUGAAACGAUCAAAAUUACUGAAUAUAUGAAGAUACCAGCAAAUAUUUUGCAAAUAGCGCAAUUUUGCAACAAACAUAAUGAAAAAUACGACCUUUUCUGUAGAAAACACGAUUGUCCAUGCUGUAGGAAAUGUGUCGAGGAUCACAACGACUGCAAAGAUUUAACUGAUAUCAGGAAUAUGAUACACAAUGUAAAAUCGUCAACUGCGUUUCAGGAAAUCGAAAAUACCUUGUCAGAAACCGCCGAGAAUAUCAAAAGAUUACGUAUGAAUCGUGAGGAAAAUUUAGAAUCACUUGCAAAGAAGAGAAAGAUUGUUGAAUUGGAAGUUCAGCAAUUUCGAAACAAAAUAAAUGAAAAUCUUGAUAAACUUCAAAAUGAUAUUUUAAAAGAAAUUAAAGUGGUGGAAGAAAAAGAAAGUAGCAAAAUCCGAAAACUACUGACGUCAUUAUUGCACAGAGAAAAGGAGAUUUUCGAAUACAAAGUUAAUAUCGAAAAUACAAAGCGAUAUGCAUCGGAUUUACAAUCAUUUAUUGCGAUGAAACAAAUAGAAAAAGAUAUUGUUAAAGAAGAGAGUUAUAUUCAAUCAAUCUACAAAGGCGAACAAAUGCAUCAAAUCAAUAUAUCGUGUACUAUAGAAACAGCAUUGCAGGAAUUAACCACUUCCAUGAAGACGUUUGGAGAGAUAAUUGUGAGUUCCAGUGCAUGUAAUAUACCCAUCCAGAAAAGGAGAAAUAAACAAGCACAGAUAAUUGUACCUCCUCGAACAAAUAAGUUUGAUAAUGUUAGUCUAAAAUUAAUGCAAACAAUACAAACAAACUUUUCAAACGUUCGAGGGUGUACCUUUCUCCCUGAUGGUAAAAGGGUAUUUUCGUUUCAUACUGGCAGAGUAAUGUUUUUCAAGCCAGACGGUUCAAUUGAUUUUAAUCUUAACACAAUUGGGCCCGUUUGGGACGUAGUUUAUAUAGGAGAAACUUCUGUAGCUGUUACAUCAGGUGGAACUACAAAUUCAAAACAGAUCAGCAUAAUCGAUGUCGAAAACAGAAAAGUGAAAAAAACAUUGAACGUCAAUUCCGCCAAUCACGGAGUAACAUUCAAAGAUGGAAAGUUGAUUUAUUGUGCUAGUAAGAAGGGACUAAAGAUGAUCAGUCUCAGUGAUGAAUCUAUAACCAAUAUCACCACUAGUAAAAUGUCAAGUCAGGCUAACGUAGCAACCCACGGCGACAAGCUGUUCUAUACAAACGAAAAAAAUCACAAUGUCACCUGUUGUGAUAUCCAUGGUAACACACUGUGGACAUUUAGCGAAAGCAGUACUCUGUCCUAUCCAUUCGGUAUAUCUGUCGACAAUGAUGGGAAUGUAUAUGUAGCGGGAGCAUUUUCUCACAAUGUGGUCAUUAUCUCCCCAAAUGGCCAACACCAUAGACAACUAUUAUCGAAGAAAGAUGGACUGAUGUUUCCAAUCGCUGUAGAGUACGACCGAUCGCACAAUAAACUACUAGUUACCAAUGAAGAUUCAAACGCUUUCGUGUAUGAUGUUAUAUAAGCGUUGUUUAAUACCAUCUAAUUCAUAUUUCAGUUCUCGUAAUAAUGCUUGUCACAUGUGGAUUCUCUUUCAGUCGACAAAGUAUAUUUAGUUUAGGGUUUCGUGACAUCUAAGUAAAAUUCUUAAGCUUAUUUUGUUUUAAUAAAUGUACUGCAAAA